AUGGUGCUCGAACGACUUCAACAAUUGGCUUACCAUGUCACCGGCACUUCUGCUCCCCCGCAUCCUUUCGACCCACUCUCUACUGUGGAAAUUGAUGCUGCUGUAGCCAUCGUCCGCAAGGAGCACGGCUCACUCAACUUCAAUGCCGUUACGCUCUAUGAGCCUCGCAAGACAGAGAUGAUGGCCUGGUUGGCAGAUCCAGAACAUGCUCCUCGUCCAGUGCGUUGCGCUGAUGUGGUUGCUAUUGCUCCGGGUGGCAAUCUAUAUGAUGGUGUAGUCAAUUUAGAGAAAAAUGAGAUUGUCCAGUGGAAGCAUGCACCAAAUAUGCAACCUCUAAUCACAAUGGAGGAUUUACAAGAGGUAGAGCAUGUGGUGCGCAAGGAUCCCAAGGUCAUUGAGCAAUGUGGAAUAAUCGGUAUUCCUCCAGAGGAUAUGUACAAAGUUUAUUGCGAUCCAUGGACAAUUGGCUACGACGAGCGUUUUGGCACUGGCGUACGAUUACAGCAGGCUCUGAUGUACUACCGCCCUCACGUUGAUGACUCCCAGUACAAUUACCCUCUCGACUUCUGUCCUAUCUUUAACGCAGAGACCAAGAAGAUUAUUCACAUCGAUGUACCUUCGGUACGCCGACCUCUCAGCAAGGCUGCUCCCAACAAUUACCACCGGGAAUCAAUUGAACAGACAAGCGGAUACCGAACCGAUAUCAAGUCUCUCCAUAUUACCCAGCCGGAAGGUGUCUCAUUUGAGAUGAAGGGUCGUACCAUUGAGUGGCAAAAAUGGAGCAUCCACAUCGGCUUCAACUACCGAGAGGGGCUUGUUUUCAACAACAUUACCUUUAGCGAUAAAGGAAAUAUUCGACCAAUCUUCUACCGUCUCUCAAUGGCGGAGAUGGUGGUCCCGUAUGGAAACCCCGAGCAUCCUCACCAGCGCAAGCAUGCCUUUGAUCUGGGUGAGUACGGCGGUGGCUACAUGACCAAUAGUCUGUCCCUUGGAUGUGACUGCAAGGGAGCAAUCCACUACAUGGAUGCUGCAUUUGUGAACCGUGCCGGUGCCUCAACUAUUAUCAAAAAUGCCAUCUGUAUCCAUGAAGAGGACGCUGGUAUUCUCUUCAAACACACUGACUUCCGCGACGGUUCCACGAUUGUAACCCGUGGCCGCAAACUCAUUAUUUCGCAGAUCUUCACUGCUGCUAACUACGAGUACUGCGUGUACUGGAUUUUCCACCAGGAUGGUACCGUCCAGCUGGAAAUCAAACUGACUGGCAUUUUGAACACAUAUGCCAUGAACCCUAAUGAGGAUACUAAGGGCUGGGGAACCGAGGUGUACCCAGGCGUCAAUGCCCACAACCACCAGCACUUGUUUUGUCUUCGAAUUGAUCCCAACAUUGAUGGUCCAAACAAUACAAUCUUCCAGUCCGAUGCUAUCCGAGGUCCUGGAGAUGUUGGCAGCGCUGAGAACAAAUACGGCAAUGCUUUCUUCGCUAAGAAGACCAAGUUUACAACCCCUCACGAGGCCAUGUCUGAUUACGAUGGAUCCACUAGCCGUACGUGGGAUAUGGCCAACACCAACAAGUUGAACCCCUACAGCAAAAAGCCCGUCUCCUACAAACUUGUCAGCCGUGAUGUGCCAUCACUUCUUCCCAAAGAGGGUGGACUAGUCUGGAAGCGUGCUGGAUUUGCCCGCCAUGCAGUCCACGUAACUAAAUACUCCGACGAUCAAAUCCAUCCAGCAGGUCGCCAUGUUCCCCAAACUUCGGGUGAGCCCUCAGAAGGUAUCCCCGCUUGGAUCGAGGCCGCUGGACCAGAUUCGUCGAUUGAUAACACCGAUGUUGUACUCUGGCACACCUUCGGUCUCACUCACUUCCCGGCUCCGGAAGAUUACCCGAUCAUGCCUGCUGAGCCAAUGACCGUUCUUUUGCGUCCUCGUCACUUCUUUGACCGCAAUCCUGUUCUCGAUGUGCCACCGAGCUUUUCACGCACACCUUCGCAGGUAGCUGCAGGUGGAAACGCUUGUGCUUGUCCGAAAAAUGAUGGAUCAAGUGUUUUGGUCUAA